CUGUGAAUGACAUUAUAAAUAGUCUGCGGGUACUCUGUAUUUAAUUCCAAGUCUUCUCAAGUUUGCCGAAUUUUAGCUAUUUUAGUCUGGAUUCGAAUUUGUUGAAAAAUCCUGUGCACUCUGUCAACAUGCCAGCUUCUACAGUCUCUUCUCCUCAAGGCUGGCCCCAAGAUGUGGGCAUCGUAGCCAUGGAAGUCUACUUCCCUUCUCAAUAUGUUGACCAGGCAGAGUUGGAACAGUUUGAUGGUGUAUCUGCGGGUAAAUACACAAUUGGACUCGGCCAGUCAAAAAUGGGUUUUUGCUCAGACAGAGAGGACAUUAACUCACUAGCACUCACUGUUGUUCAGAGACUAAUGGAGAGGAACAAACUUUCCUACACAGCCAUCGGCAGACUUGAGGUGGGAACAGAGACGAUCAUUGACAAAUCGAAAAGUGUCAAGACGGUUUUGAUGCAGUUAUUUGAUGGGAGCGGCAACACAAAUGUGGAAGGGGUAGACACAACAAAUGCUUGUUAUGGUGGCACGGCAGCGUUGUUCAAUGCUGCACACUGGGUGGAAUCUAGUGCAUGGGAUGGUCGUUAUGCGCUGGUUGUGACAGGUGACAUUGCAGUGUAUGCAACAGGAAAUGCCCGCUGUACAGGUGGGGCAGGUGCUGUAGCUAUGUUAGUGGGACCAAAUGCACCACUUGUCCUAGACAGAGGUUUGAGAGGCAGCCACAUGCAGCAUGCGUAUGAUUUCUACAAACCAGAUAUGUCCUCAGAAUACCCAGUAGUUGAUGGAAAACUCUCCAUUCAGUGUUACCUUCAUGCUCUUGACAAGUGCUAUGAAGUCUACUCUUCAAGAGCAAACACAGCCAGGCAAAUUGCCGGUAUCCAGGAACCAUUUUCAUUGAGUGCAGCAGAUGAUUUUGUUUUCCACACUCCAUUUUGUAAACUGAUUCAGAAAUCCUUUGGAAGAUUUAUGUUAAACGACUUUCUGAGAGAGAAGACUCCAGAUUUUGAAUCCAAAUAUGCAGGAUUAGAAGCUUUUAGAGAUAUCAAAUUGGAGAAUACUUAUUUUGAUAAACAAGUAGAAUCAGCUUUUGUAAAGGCCAGCAAAGAGAUGUACAAUCUGAAAACUCUACCAAGUUUGAAAGUAGCAAAUCAGGUUGGCAACAUGUACACUGCAUCUUUGUAUGGUGGAUUGGCAUCCUGCCUAGCCAAGUACCCCUCUCCCACAGACUUAGCAGGGAAGAAGAUCGUGUUGUUUUCAUAUGGCUCUGGAUUGGCUUCUUCAAUGUUUUCCAUGACAGUGACCGGUGACGCUUCUCCGGGGUCUGCUUUGGCCAAACUCCAUCACAGUCUCGAAAAUCUGCAAGAAAGACUUGACAGUCGACAAAAGGUUCAGCCAGAAGUUUUUGAUAAAACGAUGAAACUCAGAGAGGAGACUCAUCAUCUAGCUCCUUACACACCAGUGGGAAAUAGAGAGGCCCUGUUUGAAGGCACCUGGUAUUUGACAGAGGUUGAUCAGAUGCACAGAAGGAAAUAUGAACGCAAACCAUUGACUGAAAGCUGUGAAGGAACAACAGUUAGUGUAACAGAGGUCAAAAAGACCAGUCAAGUAGAAGAAGCCAGUUCCUGCCAAGUGAUGACCAGUUGAACAUCACCUAUUUCUAGCUUCUGGGAGUGACCCCUGUUUCAUCAUCAGCCAUAAUUGUAAUUUCUUGCUUAUUUGCAGCAUCAGAACAUCUGUAUGAUCAAAAUAUUAAAAAUACCAGUAUUUGUGUUAAAGAGGAAUGGAUUCCCAGACUUUUAUGGCAGAUGUAUUUGUUUUAUAGCACCAUAUUUCUUUGCAGUAAUUGCUUAGAUAUGACCUUGACACCGAAAAAUUAAAAUGUUUGGUCAACAUUUUUUGCCAAAUUUCUGUUUACAAAUAUACGUUUAAUAAAUGUUCUGCACUGCCUGUGUAGGUUUCUAGUAUAUUUUCUAUGUAAAUAUGUAUCCUGUAAAUAAUGGUUUGCUUCAUGAAAUUUAAACUCCCUAUUUUAUUUGAAUGUGUGUUUGGUUUUUCAUUAAAUGUGUUCUAGCUUGAGUCAUUAAAUGUAAUUUAUUCAGUUGUGUUUAUUAUUUAUUCUAUUUUUAUUCUGUCACAUAACGAAACUUUGACUUAUUACUCAGUUCAGACAGUUUGGAUUGUUAUUGGAUUGGCUAGGUCUGUUUCCAUGACCUAAUACUGUUAAAACAUUUUUUAAGUUUUGUUUCUGUAAACAUUGCCCGUUUUUACACACAUGUGUAUUCAUGAUCUAAAUACUGUUAAAACAUUUGUUAAGUUCUGUUUCUGUAAACAUUGCCCGUUUUUACACACACGUGUAUUCAUGACCUAAUACUGUUAAAACAUUUUUUAAGUUCUAUUUCUGUAAACAUUUCCUGUUUUCACACACACACACACAUGUAUUCUGAGAAGCAUGAUGAUCAUGUGUGUGUAUUGCCCAUAGUAAUAGUUGCCAUGUUUUGUAUUGGUUGAACUUAUUUUUUUUUUGUAAGGCUUGAAGACAUGAAGCGUUCGUAAUGGAUGUGUGUGAUUGUCGGAUUGGUGUUGGGUGAACAAAUAGCAAUAUCGCAGAUGUUUUAUGCUGCUGUGCACUUAAUUAAAUGGAACCUCUUCGCAGUAAUGGACAUUCCAUGCAGCUGUCCCAUUUUGCAAGAUCCAGACUACAUACUCUACAUAUUUUUUGUGCUCAUGAUUGACUAUAACGAUAUGAUAAUUGUCAUAUCAUUUUUGUAGUGUUACUGAGUGUAAAUGUUUAAUUGUUAUUCACAAUGAUGAAGAGAUAUGUUUUUUUUAAAUAUGUUAUAUUUUUGUCGAGUCAAGCAAAUAUGUCCAUCUGGUCAGACUUUCUUUUCUAGAUCAGCUAAUAUGUCGUAUCUUUUCUAGAUAUUAUUUUUAAUUUUUGUGUCACUUACAACAAUAAUGUACUUUGGACCACACCCAUGACUUCAGUUCAGGAAUAUCUUCCAUUUCACAACUCAUUGUUUUGGAUAAAACCAGGAAAUAUAACUGAACUGCAAGUAUUGCAUUUGUCAA